CGUUAGGAGUGGCAGGCGGAGCUGCACAUGUGUAGGCAGCCGGAAUUUUUCGUGUCGUGUUGUAAAAGUUGUUAAUUUGCCGUAAAUAUCUCUUGAUUUGUACUCAAGAGUGGAGCAAGACUUCAAGGAAGAGAGAUUGACGCAUCGGGAGCGAAGAACAGAAACGAUGGAUGGUUACGCUGCUUGGGUCUCGGCACGUUCGAAUUGGCAAAGUUCCGAAUUUGUCGCUGUGUUUUGUACGCUUGUGCGCUCGUCAUUUGCCGUCAUCGCGCGGCGAUAUUUGCGCUGGAUGUCUUUCACUUCGUGUGCAAAACUCUGCAUGCUGCCGCAUCGAAGAAGUUGUCCUGUGUUUGGGUGCACGUAUGCGCUUGGACACGGAUAGCCUGCUUGCUCUCAACGGGUGUUCAACAGUCUACGCGCACUCGUAACUUGCUCAUGAGGCAAGUUGCGGUUGUGCUGGAGCUGAGAAGAGGUCUGCUGCCUGCAAUGGGUCCAUCUCUCUCAAGUAAUCGCAGUAUUGUAGCUCUCAAAGUUCAAAAAGGUAUGGUGGAAGCUGUUGCCAAGGUUCCGACCAGAAAAGACAGCCAGUAUAAAAGGGUCCACACCACUGAUCUCUACUACAGGGGAUGGACAGCACAUCGAGCACCAUCGAAUGAAGCCAACCUUGUCCCGGAAGUUGGUGCUUCACAACUUUGCGGCAGCACUUCAUUUGCACGGCCUGUAGAGACAAGGUUUCUUAGACUUGGCCAUGGACCUCAAGGAAGAUGCCGAGGCCACAGGCAGUUCCUCCAGUGACCGUGAAAAGGUCCCCUGGGGCACAAGUCUAAUUUGGCACCUCUACCUUUCUCCUGCAGCUUUUCUGUCUACUUAGCUAACCAGGUGGGUCAAUGAUGGCAAAGGGAAAAAAGAAUCAACAGCUUCAAACGUAGAACUUGCUCAAGCUCAAUGCAUUUUUGGUGUGAAGUUUUUCCCUUAUCAUUUAUCAAAAAACGGGUAAUAAGUAUAUGAUAUGGUCUUCAUAUGGACACCUCUUUCCCACAGAGAAUUAGCAGUAAAAAAAGCAGCUUAUAAAGGCUUGAAUAUUAGCUUGGAUGA